AAUUUUCAAGCUUUACGCUUUGCAUUCUGGUCUAUUUCUUCGUCAAAUUGAUUCCGACUACUCUUGAUUUCUCUCUGUCCAGUCCAUGGCCAUGGCGUCUUUGAACGCGGUGAUAGUAACAGAGAAAUGUAGGAUAAAACAGGCACCAAAUUCUGAGUCGGAGAAGAUCUCUGAAACCGUCGCUACUAAUUACAUUCCUCUCACUUUUUUUGACACACUCUGGUUAAGAUUCCCCCCAACGCAACGAAUCUUCUUCUACGAAAUCGAUCAACUAUCGUCUGACUUUUUCUAUAACACCAUUAUCCCUAACCUCAAGAAUUCGCUCUCUCUCACCCUUCAACACUAUCCCUCGCUCGCCGGAGCAGUUACAUGGCAUCCUCAAACUGGCAAGCCGGUUAUCCGUCACGCUCCUGACGACGACGGCGUCUUCUUCUCAGUAGCCGAAUCAUGUGCAAACUUUGAUUCUCUUUCCACCCAUGAUUUGAAAGAAGCUAAAGAUUUGCAUGCCCUUUUGCCCGAAUUUCAUGUUUCCGAAACCGAGGCUACGGUUUUAUCUGUACUAGUGACUCUGUUUCCUAGUCAAGGAUUCUCCAUCGCCUACUGCUCCCAUCACGUCUCAAUGGACGGAAAGAGCAAUGCCAUGUUUCUAAAGUCAUGGAGCACGAUUUGCAGAGACGGAGGAGCAGGAGCCCAUCCGCCAGAAGGCCCAGAACUAAUGCCGGUUCUGGAAAGAUCCUUGAUCGCUGAUCCGUUAGAUCUCUCCAAGAUUUACGUUGAUCAUUGGAUGAAAACGACGCAGAAUAAGAGAAGCCUCAUUCCAAUGGAUAAGAAACCGGAAACUGGGUUAUUCAGGAGAACAUUCCGGUUAACUCCAGGGGAGAUUGGACAAAUAAAGGGGAAAAUAAAGUUCCCUGUUUCUAGUUACACGGCGGUAUGUGCAUACGUUUGGAGAUGUCUAGUGAAAGCAGAGGAGGGGGACAUAACAAAGGAGACUGUUUAUCUGAAUAUCAACGUGGAUUGUCGAUCGCGAUUGGAGCCUCCUAUCCCGGCGAAUUACUUUGGAAACUGCGUUACUUAUCUGUUUGCUAAGGAAAAGGUUGCGUCUUUGGUGGGAGAUGAUGGGUUGGUGUUGGCGGCGACCGCCGUUAAAGAGGCAAUUGGAAGGUUGGAAAAGGGAGUUGUGAAAGGAGCAGAGAAGUGGCUUUCGGAAGUAAGUUCAACGUUUAGGAAUGAGAAGGUGUGUGGAAUUGCUGCGUCGACGAGGUUUGAUCUGUAUGGUUCUGAUUUUGGAUGGGGACGGCCGAGGAUGGCGGAGUUGGUGUCCAUUGAUCGGAAUAGUUCUUUCUCUCUGUGCGAUGGUAGAGAUGGAAAUGACGUGAAUAUUGAGAUUGGGAUAGUGUUGAAGAAGGUCCAGUUGGAAGCUUUUGCGUCUCUUUUCGCUCAAGGGCUUCAACCAUAUGAAUGAAUAAAUGACUCUAUUCUACAUGUUUUUGUGUGUUUCACAAUCAAUAUUAAUUAUGUUUAUGUGUGUGUGAA